AUGUGCGAGAGUGAUGCUACGCCUCGGCUCGGCUCAAGCGCACUCUUGCCCUUAUCCUCUUUAGCUGCUUCAAAGCGCUUGUCCCCCGUCUCUUGCUUCGGAACCGGACAACCGCGGUUCCGGUUUGAUCUCGAAGGGUUCCAAACAUCUGCGAUGCCGUGCAGACUCCUAGCUUUUCUGGCCUUGGCUGCCGUGCGUGCUGCACCGCUCAGCGAGUUGUCGGCAGACGACGAGUGCCUGGAGGAAGGCUGCGCCCUCUCGGCCCUCCACCUCCGCAGCGCGAAGCGCAGCCAGGACGUAGCUUCGGUAGACACCGGCUGCCAUGACAUCCAGCCAGGAGACGGCGGUGCCUGUUGGGAGGCCAUAAUGUGGGGCAAGAACGUGGGAAUGCCGCAGCAUCCGGACUGGUACCCGGGCAUGACGGAGGACUCCCCAUUAUCCGAAUGGCAAUUCGUGGCAUACAACACUACGCACCCGAAGUGCCCUCGGCCGUGCUCGGUCCCUCCGCCCGGCGGGUGUAACUACGUGCCGGCCCCAAAACUCUGGAAGCCUGCAGCAGGGGCCAGCCUUGAGAUAAAGGUGUUGUCCUUCAACCUCUUCUGGUGGCAUUUGUUCAAGGUGGAGCACGGACGAGGUGACAGUGCCGGACACCUGAUCCAGGACACUAGCACUCCGCCGUAUGAUGUUAUGGGCUUCCAAGAGUGCGAGGAUCCGGUUCAGGUGCUGGGCCACGUGGGAUUAUUAGAGCAGUACGAGGCUUUCCAAGGCAACCACGCAAUUUGCGUGGCCUAUCGGAAGGCCGCAUGGUCUUUGCUAAGUCAUGGUGAAGCAGAUGUGGCUCAAGACAUGCGGACAGAGUACUAUGGGACUCGCGGCACACAGUGGCUCAGACUGGAGCACAAGGACACGAAGCGGAAGCUCCUGUUCGUGAAUCACCAUGGCCCACUCUCCGUGAACUCCGGGGGCCUCUGCGGUGGCAAGGCCACCGCGCACAAGAUCCUGCAGGUCAUGGCACGUUUCGGACAGGUGGGCGACACUCUGGUAUUGGUUGGAGAUUUCAACGCGAACGCGGCGUCGCGGACACUGCAGGCGAUGUGGCCGCACCUGCACCAUGUGUACAACUCCCAGUCCUUUGGUGGCGUGGACAACAUCUUCGCCAACCUGGCGAGCCAGGACGACGUGGUGUCAACCACGGACCUCGGCUCGGGUGGUAGCGACCACCAUGCAAUCUCAGCGGUGAUCAACGUGGGGUCUCGGCCCCGUCGAACUCAGGAAUUCGUCCCGGUCAAAGCUGCCAAGGCAAUGUCUGUGGACACCAACUGUCACACCACCAAACAAGGAGAGACAUGCUGGGAUGAGGUAAACUGGGCCAUGACGCAGGGCAUCUUCCAGCACCCCGAGUGGUAUCCCGACCUCCAUCCCGACUCCUCCAUGGAGCACUUCCAGGCGGUGGUCUACCAGGACAACCCUGGCAAGUGCCCGAAGCCCUGCGGCGUGGCCGUGGCGCCGGUGGCCGCCAGUCCCGGGCCCAUGGAGGAUGGAUCCAAGUUCUCCGUCGAAGUGCUGAACCGCGCUCAGGGCUCCGAUGGUUGCCUCCUGGAGCCCCAGACGGAGUACUCUGUGCAAGGGGGUUGGUACCAGAUGAGGAAAGGCGUCCAGGAUCCCCGGGUGUGCUGCCAACUCUGUGAACAGCAGGGGCAGUGCAAAGCCUGGAGGUGGACGGACUGGUCUGCGGAGGCCAAGGACUUUGCUUGCUUCCUGAGCCAAGGCGCAGUGACCAGCACCUUGUCCGGAAGAGAGGUCGCAUGUCUUUCUACCUUAUUUGCAACUUUGCGCACUGCUCACCACCAUGAUUAUCAUCGCAUGUCAUGGCUGUUCUGUCACCUCUGCUGA